AAAAUAAAAACCACUAAAACAAAAAAUGAAAAAAUGAAAAAAAUAAUUUUCUCUCGCUUUCUUGUAAUUAUAAAUUUCUCACAUCAUUCUCUUCCGUGAUCUCUCUCUCUCUCCUUUUCUCUCUGAACAAACCAAAUUUCUGUUUCAGUUACCCUUUUUAAUUUCCAGAGAAAGAAAAUUUCCACAUUCUUUUACACAGAAAAGAGCAAUAGGAAGCUAGGGUUUUUCUUUUCCUUCUCAAAUUUUUCAUUGUAGAAAUUCACAGGUGAAGAAAUGAAUUGGGCUUUGUUCCUUUCCAAUUUUAGGGCAUAGGCGUAGGAUUUUUAUAUGUGAAACUUUGUUUGUUUUUGAUAAAUUUUGGAAGCUAAAUUAUGGCUUGGUUUUUGUAAUUUUAUUGUAUAAUUUGUUGUCUUUUUGUUACAAAGUUGUGAUCUUGGGGUACAUUAGAAGGCAAAUGAGGCAAAUGGGUUAUUUGCGUUAGGAAAAAAAAAAAAAUCAGGUGAAGGAAAAAAGGGAAAAUAAUGACAGAUUUUCAAUCUUUACAACAAAAACCCGAAUCCCAAAAUGAUGCCAGAGCCGAAUUUGAAAGGGGCUUGGAGGAAUUAAUGAGAGGGCAUUUAGAUGAUUGUAUGCCAUUUGCAUCAUGUAGUUCUAAUAGAAAUCCUGAUGACGAGGAUGAUGAGGGUGAUCAGCUUGUUAGGAGGAGGAGAAGGUCUGAUCUUGAAGGUGAUGACUUGGCUGAGUCAUCCGCAGCUAGAAGACGGCAUUCUAGGAUUUUGAGUAGGUGGGCUGCUAGGCAGGCUCAGGAAAUGAUGACAACGAUUGAGAGGAGGAAUAGGGAGUCUGAAUUAAUGGCUUUAGCCGGUUUACAUACUGUUUCAAUGCUCGACUCUUCAUUCUUGAGAGAGUCACAGUCACCUACUUCUAGGCGACAGGGGGGCAACGUUGAGAGGCCGAGUACUCAGGCUUCUGCGAUUUUGCAAAUGUGGAGGGAGUUGGAGGAUGAGCAUUUGUUGAAUAGGGCGCGAGAGAGAGUGAGAGAAAGGUUGAGGCAACGAAGGAAUGCUGAUAGUAAUGCGACAGUGUCUAGUACGACUUUGUCUGAGAGUCGCGGGAGUGAGAAUCAUGGGAGUGUUGGGGAUGCGAGUGAGAGUGAGAAUGAGUAUGGACCUUGGUCACAUGAUCAGGGUGUGUCACAGAAUGAUCGUGGGGAUAAUAAUGGGUCUAGUAGGGAGCAGUCUCCUGAUCUUGGCGAAGUCGAGAGGGAGAGGGUGAGACAGAUUGUUCGGGGGUGGAUGGAGAGUGGGAUUAGUGAUCAUUCAUCCAAUGUGACGCAAAGGGCUGGCAGUUCUAGGGCUGAAUGGCUUGGUGAAACGGAGCGUGAGCGAGUUAGAAUUGUGCGGGAGUGGGUGCAAAUGACAAGUCAGCAGAGAGGAGUUCGUGGAGGACGGAGGGAAGAUCAGGCAGCAACAAUUGGUGCAGAAGGUGAUCGAGUUCGUGAGGGCUCAGUUGCUGACCAUGACGAAGGCCAACCGGAGCAUAUUCGCAGGGACUUGCUGAGGUUGCGUGGAAGACAAGCUGUAAUUGACUUGCUUGUGAGGAUUGAAAGAGAAAGACAGAGGGAACUGCAGGGUUUGUUGGAGCACCGUGCUGUAUCUGAUUUUGCUCAUCGUAACCGCAUUCAGUCGCUUCUCAGAGGUAGAUUCUUACGAAAUGAAAGACCUGUUGAAGAGGAGAGACCGCCUUCAAUGGCAGCAAGUGAACUAAUUCUAUUAAGACAACGACACACUGUAUCUGGUUUGAGGGAAGGGUUCCGCAACAGAUUAGAAACUAUUGUUCGCGGUCAAGCAAGCAGCAGUUCUGAAACAACAUCUAGCAAUGUCGUCAAUGAUUCUAGAAAUGAACAUUCCCAAACAAACACGCUACAGGAUGCCCAACGUGAAAACAAUGAGCAUUCACAACCUAGGAGUUUGGAAAAUGAGUUGCCUAAUCAAUCAGGAGAUACUGUUAGCAACAUGGCUGUUCAGAGCGUAAAUUGGCAAGAAAAUGCUAACCAAGGUGGUAAUUGGCGGGAACCAACAACCAGUGAUGAGAGAGGAAAUUGGCAACAGCCAACAUAUGCUCAGUAUAAUGAAUGGAGAGAGGGCAACGCAGAAGACAUGGAUACAAAUUGGCAAGAAAGUUCAGUUGGUGAGUAUCGCCAAGAAAAUCUUGGAAAUGCUAAUGGAGAAGAAAGUCAUCCACAGGAAGCUCGGAGGGUUUGGCGUGAGGAUGGCUCUCGGGAAGCAGUUGAUAAUUGGUCAGAAGGGCCUUCUGAUCCUCCGAGAGCACGUCGUGCUAUCCCAGUUAGAAGGUUCAAUAGAUUUCAUCCACCUGAAGAUGAUAAUGUGUAUAGUAUGGAACUUAGAGAACUUCUGAGCAGGAGGAGUGUCUCUAACCUUCUUCGAAGUGGCUUCCGGGAAAGUCUAGACCAAUUAAUACAAUCUUAUGUGGAAAGACAAGGUCGUUCUCCCAUUGAUUGGGAUCUGCAUAGAAACUUGCCAACUCCAGCCUCACCAGAGCAUGAUCAAGAGCAGCAGAGAGAUGAAACAAAUGAUGAUCAGAAUGAUGCUAUUAGCAGGCCUUCUCUGGUGCUACCUUCUCCACCAGUGCCACCACCACAGCCGCUGUGGCAUCAGGAUUUACAUCAUACUAGCUGGUCUAGGCACAGCAUGCAUAGAUCAGAAAUUGAAUGGGAGAUGAUUAAUGAUCUAAGAGCUGAUAUGGCAAGACUCCAGCAGGGCAUGAGCCACAUGCAGAGGAUGUUGGAAGCCUGUAUGGAUAUGCAACUGGAGUUACAGCGAUCUGUCAGGCAGGAAGUUUCUGCAGCUUUGAAUCGAUCUGCUGGUGAAAAAGGUUUGAGUGCAGAAACAUCAGAGGAUGGGUCUAAAUGGGGUCAUGUGAGGAAAGGGACUUGCUGUGUUUGUUGUGAUAGCCAUAUCGAUUCACUUUUGUACAGAUGUGGACACAUGUGCACUUGUUCAAAAUGUGCGAAUGAAUUGGUUCGUGGUGGAGGAAAAUGCCCAUUGUGUCGAGCACCUAUUGUGGAGGUAAUCCGUGCAUACUCAAUACUGUAAAGAGAUGAAAGAACAGAAUAAGAAUUGAACCAGAGUGACUGGUAAGGUCUAAAGAGAGCCAAUGUUAGUUAAGGCUCCAAUUUGUAGAGUGUUCAGUUGUUGCCAAUGUUUUUCUGAUUAUAUGUGGAACACUAUGCAGUGUAUAAUUGGAAUAACAGUUGGCAUCAUUGAUUCAUCAUUCAUGCGUAAAUAAAAUGUCGUCCAUAAAUUUUUUUUUUUC